GACUGACUGAGUGUGAGGGACGGACACUGACUGACUGUGUGUGAGGGACGGACACUGACUGACUGACUGUGUGUGAGGGACGGACACUGACUGACUGACUGUGUGUGAGGGACGGACACUGACUGACUGACUGUGUGUGAGGGACGGACACUGACUGACUGACUGUGUGUGAGGGACGGACACUGACUGACUGACUGACUGUGUGUGAGGGACGGACACUGACUGACUGACUGUGUGUGAGGGACGGACACUGACUGACUGACUGUGUGUGAGGGACGCAGACACUGACUGUGUGUGUGUGUGUGAGGCAGACACUGACUGUGUGUGUGUGUGUGAGGCAGACACUGACUGUGUGUGUGUGUGUGAGGCAGACACUGACUGUGUGUGUGUGUGUGAGGCAGACACUGACUGACUGAGACCGACCAUUAUUGGUAUGUAUCUUGUGGCUAUGGUUAUGUAUAUUUUGUUGCGUUCACUCAUGUUGAACCCGUAUCUUGUGUUUUUCAGCUUGGCCACCAUGCAAUGCUGAGAGACCUGUUGCAGGUGGAAGACGAAUGGAAACCCUGUUUGUACAGGCUCCAUCCACCGCUGAGCUGGGUAUCUGAUUGCUCUCCAUUUUACUUGAGAUAAUGUGGGUGUUUGCCCAAUUCUGGAUGCAUAAACCAGGAAGGGUUAAAUACUUAAUCCAAACAAUUCUCUCCUGCAGCUGCUAACAAUGUUCCUUUACAUUUUAUUUAUAUUUUUUAUUCUAGGAGAGGGGGCCCUGGGAAAGCUGGUAAUACUAUAAAGCUGUUUGAAGAGGGAAUAGGUGGGACUUCUACAGGAUUACUGUCCAGUAUAGUAUAAACAUUUACAGAUGUAAAAACCGUGUUUUAAUACAAUACAAUCCAUACUAGUUUUCCUGGCACUGUAGUGCCCCCUCAGGGUCCCCCUCCUGCCGGGCUCUGGGGAGAGGAAGGGGUUAAACUUACCUCCUUCUCCAGGGUGGGAGCUCUCCACCUCCUCUCCUCGGCUGAAUGCGCAUGCACGGCAGGAGCCGUGUGCGCAUUCAGCCAGUCUCAUAGGAAAGCAUUCUCAAUGCUUUCCUAUGGACGCUGGCGUCUUCUCACUGUGAAAAUCACAGUGAGAAGCACGCAAGCGCAUCUAGCGGCUGUCAAGAGACAGCCACUGGAGGCUGGAUUAACCCAUUUAUAAACAUAGCAGUACAUAGCAGUUUCUCUGAAACUGCUAUGUUUAUUUAAAAAAAAAAAAAGGGUUAACCCUAGCUGGACCUGGCACCUAGACCACUUCAUUAAGCUGAAGUGGUCUGGUGCCUAUAGUGGUCCUUUAAUGGGAAUAGCUAUACUAAUGUCUGUCAUGUUUUGUUUUCCUUCAGUUUAUGGACUUCUGAGUGAAGGAAGAACCACCUGUCCCAUUACCUGGCAGAUUUUGCCAUGCCAAUACCCAGGGAUGACAUGGGUGAGGCACCUCUUACCCGCACUCCAAUUCCAUUGCCUGCUCAUUUCCAUCAGGCUGAGCAAAGCUUUUCACUCAAGAAGAGAGGACGGUCACUCUGCUACACCCUUCCACCUCGUCCUCCGGUAAAAAGCAUCCCACCCAUUAGUCGGAUUUUUCCCAACAGGCAGCGCUCCUGGAGCCAGCCUCGUCCUCAGAGCGUAUCUUUUCGUACUCCUCAAACUGUCCCACCGGCCAGCAAACUCUAUGACCAGAGCAAAGGCGAGACCUUCUUUAAGCAGUGCUUCCAGAGUAUUUGCAAGUUGGGCAGAGGGUCCUUUGGCGAAGUGUAUAAGGUGAGACUAUCCUGGGACAAAGGAGAUAAAACUCUUCUUAAUGGUUUAUUGCUGUAACUGGAAGCAGGUUUAUAAUCCCAUCAUCCAGACUCGUAAACCCUCUUUGUAAGUCUGAUACUUAGAUAAACACUUGUGUGACCAAAGAGAUGGGUUCGUUAUAUUGCUGUCAGAAUGAGCAACAUGCGAGACUAACAAAGUACAGCUCUGCUUGGUGGGAAUAUAAUGACCAAACAGCAACACAUUUCAGAAGUGCUUUCUGGGGGCCACAUGUGCAGAGCUGAUUCCAUCCUAUCUGGCACAACUGAAGUUUAUUAGAAAACUUUUAAAGAUUGCUCAUUUUAGGGAGCUGGAUGAGGCAAGAGUUUAAUAAUUUUUACUGUUCACACCCAAAAUCCCCCCAUUCUUGGUUUAGUGAAAGAAGGCCAUUGUAUAAGAUGCUCCUAGAAUUGAGAGCUUCAUUCUGUUUAUAGAAAUACCACUCCAUUGUUGGAAAAGCUUACCAAUUUAACAUUUUUAAUGAGCUGAACCCAUGUCGGCUGUCAUUACCUUCUCGACCAGGUGUGUAGGCUUUGUGAUAUGCAUGGGGUCAUGCACUGGAAGGAUGGGAUUUAAAGGGCUUACUCGGAGGCUUUUUUCAGCCUAUCAGGGUUUUUCACAGAACUGGACCCAAGAAGAUUAUUCACUAAAUCCAGAGCUGAAAGACAGGCGACUUGAAGAUUUUACAAUUCCUCUAUGAAUUCAUGUAAAUGGUUUUAUUGAAUAACCAUGCUUGUUUAUGAUGGAUUUAAAUUCAAGUAAAGGAAUUUAACUUUACCAAGCAUGGAUUGACCAUAUAUUUACACCAUUUUGGGUUUACUUUUUGCUGAUAAAGCAAUAUCUUGCCCACUGCAUGUUUCUGUAUGUUAAAAAGUAUAAUUAAAAUGGAAUUUGGGUGCCAUGUACACACACUAUGAACCAAGCCAGCAUGACCAAGGAACAUUAUGGAUGCUCCCAUUUACGGUAAACUUAAUUCGCUUACACCAUAGGCAGCAGUAUAAGGGUUAAUAAUACGUGCCUAGCUUUGAGCGCAACUCAAACACUAAUUUUGCCCCUGUGGGAGAGGUUCAUAUGGAGCACUGCUUCCCUGGUUUUAUUUAUUGACCUUUACCCUAUGGCUGCCAGCUGUUUGUGUAAGUGGUAAGAUGAAGUGUCAUUUAGUAAUCUUUUGGACUGUAAUUCUUCAAGUUGUGCUGUAUCUACACCAUUUUAUGCAGUCUCCACAUCAGGGCAAUUUGCAAGUGUUGGCCAACACUGGGUGAUGAAAUUAUGGAGUGAAUGCAUUAACAUGGUAUUCAGAUUGCCACGUGUGACCCUGACUUUGUUCCAAACAGAUGUCUGGUAGUAUAUAGUGCACCGUUUGUUAUUUUUGCUCCUAUCUUGGUUUACCAUUAGGUGCGAAGUCGUGAAGAUGGCUGCCUGUAUGCUGUAAAGCGCUCCGUUUCACCGUUCCGUGGUGAGUCAGAUCGCCAACGCAAGUUGCAGGAAGUGAGAAAGCACGAGCGUGUUGGACAGCAUCCUAACUGUGUGCGCUUUGUAAGAGCUUGGGAGGAAAAAAGCCUACUAUAUCUGCAGACAGAGCUUUGUGUUGGCAGCUUGCAACAGUAUUCAGAAGAGUUGGCAGGGCCUUUGCCACCACAACGGAUCUGGAAUGUCACUUGUGAUUUGUUACGGGGUCUAAAACAUCUACAUGAUCGCAACCUGUUGCACCUGGACAUUAAGCCAGCAAAUGUUUUUAUUGCCUUUUCUGGGGUCUGCAAGUUAGGGGACUUUGGGCUUAUGGUAGAACUAGAUGGCUCAGACGGAAGUGGAGAUGCUCAAGAGGGAGAUCCCAGGUACAUGGCCCCUGAGUUGCUUGAUGGCGUGUUUGGGAAAGCGGCUGAUGUAUUCAGGUGAGGAAAACCUAUUAAAUGAAUGCACCAGCUUCUAGAAUGCUGAACAUUAACUGACGUCUGACUCUAAAUCUUAGCCUCGGGAUGACUCUUCUAGAGGUUUCCUGCAAUAUGGAGCUGCCAACAGGAGGGGAAGGUUGGCAACUGCUGAGGCAAGGACAUCUUCCAACAGAGUUCACAUCAGGCAAGUAUAUAACCACCUAUCUUUCUGGUUUACAUCUUAUAGGAGAAUUAGGUAUCCUGAGCAGCAUAUCUAGUACAAAGCUUGGCCUGUGGACCUAUUUGGCUGAGAGGGCUUCCUCCCUCAGUUUGACCAUUGUGAUAUGUGCUUGAUGUACCUGUAGCAUAGAUCUCCACCCCUGGACCAUCCCAUGCAUGUACAAUCUAUAAUCCCGUGAUACAAAAAUAACAUACCCAUCAACUAUGGUUAGCUUGCAUACCUACUCUAGUGCUGUAUUCAAAAAUCUAGGUCAGUUGUAAGAAGUCAAGCAGAUGUCUUUCAUCCUGAGGUUUUAUUCUUCCCUGUUGCUCAUCAGAUCUGCCCCCAGAUUUCCUGAAAGUUUUGUCAGCAAUGCUUGAUCCGGACCAUCGGUGCCGAGCCACAGUGGACUGGCUCCUCUCACUUCCUGCCAUCCAGCGAGCAGAGCGAUGGAGAAAGCUGACACUUGCUACACAGUGGACUCUAGGAAAGCUUCUUGUUUUGUACCAGGUGAGAUACUGUCAACAUGGAAAUUCCUUCUUGUGGUAUUUUAUCAGAUUCUGACAAGUACCUUUCACCUAUUUUCUCCUCAGCUGUUGGUAUGGCUCCUCUCCUUUGUAGCUGAAAGUCUUAAACGCCCAUUUCUGUGGUUAGUAUGCUGUGUUGGAGGACGAUUGUCUCAGUGCCCCCUUCAUGCCUCUCCUGUAUCUGGCCGCCUGGGUGACAGCAGCAUUUCUAGUGACUGGGAUGAUGAUGAUAGCCUUGGUGAUGAUGUGUUUGAAGUUCCACCUAGUCCCCUGGUCCCUCUGAGGAACCUGACUUAUCAUGGUCAUGAAUUCCCUGGCAGGUACUGAAUGUGAAACUGGGUUAAGAACUAAUGGAACUUACAUAGACGUCUAGGUGUAACCUUUUUCAUGUUUUUGCAACACUAGACAUUCCCCUGAUCUGCCACGGCCAUCACUGGGUAGCACUUCCACACCUCGUAACAUGUCCCCAGAGUAUGGGAUAAGAAGGAGGUGAGUCUCUUAUCUGCGGGUCCUGCUAAUAGCCAUGCUCUCCUUAUCUCUUCUCUGAUUGGCUCAUCUUUUUUAUAUAUAUAUAUUUUUUUUUUAUAGGUCAGCUCUGACUCUGACCCCUAAUGUGAGCCGUAUCAGCCAGGACUCUCCAAGUAGUGUGAAAACAUUGAGCCCUAGCAGCAGUUCAAACUCAUCUGGAUUUGAGGAUGCUGAUGCUCCACGUUCUUCUUUCCUGCCUCGGAAUCUCCUUACCAUGUUUGAAGAUGUAUCUGAACCGUGAGCAGAGCUUCCAAUGACUGCCUCCUAGAGCAGAUACCAGCUGAAUGUAAUGUGUUUGGAGUAUCGUUACAUAUAUGGUGGUGGUAAGGUUUGCUCUGUUGCUUGUCUUGAAUUAUGCCUGGGGUGAUGACCAUUCCCUGCUCAUUGUCCAGAUUGGACUAGAUUUGAAAUGAAAGACUAAGGCCAUGUGCUACUUGUGCUCAAGUGUGAACAUUCCUUGUCAAGAAGGCAGCAAAAGGAUUUAGACAUUUUCCCUGCAAACUCUGUGGUGAGGAAUCUAACCUGAGGGUGGGCCCAAGCAGAUUACCAAAUCAGGAACCUGUGUGAAGUACAAUAGGCAUUUUUAUCUUUUAAAUCUUUUUACAUUAUUUCAAGAACCUGGACUGUGAGAAUUCAUUGGAAGCGCUGAAACUCAAGAAGUAUUUUCACUUGUGUUUAGUCGGUUAUAUUUUAUUGUUUAAUUAGGAACUACCUGGCAGCAAUUUCAGUGCAGAUUCAUCCAAGCCCCUCCUUUCUUAGAAUUUUCUUGAUUCUGUUCAGGCGGUGGUGAACCAGUUUAUAUCUCCUUGUUGCAUACAGUUCAAGCCACCGCUCAUAUUAAAGCUGACAAUUGGAGCAUGUGCUUACAGUAGUAACUUUUGUGAGACCCUUUAAUCUAGCCAUGUUUGCUGGAUCACUAGACAAGGAACACACUCAAGUAUUCCCCUCCCAUUACGCUGGGUCGGUCACAUCACACUAUACAUUGAAUCUAUAUACUUUUUAUUGAAGGUGCAUAUACAGCCCAUUGCAGGAUACUCUGGGUGCAUACUGCUUCUCUAUCAAUAUUUAAUCUGUAUUAAUAGACACCAUUUUCCUUACACAGUGGUCAUUUACCUAGCUAGCACUCUGUGUUAGACUGUAAUUUUGAUGAUUAUAUGUACUCUAUACAUGCAAUCUAUACUGACACAUUUUGGGUUAAAGGGUUUGUUUUUCCCUUUACCUUCAAGUCUACUUAACAAAACUGCUGUGUCCUGACUCCUAAAUAGAACCCCCGAGGAAGAGGGUAAUGUCCGUUAAUACAGUACAUGUGUAACAUUGCUUUUAUUAAUAUGAUACAGAAAAACCAACACCUCCUGUAUGUAAGAAACCAUUUCUAGUUUUAUUAUUGCAUUAAUAAUACUAUAGGCUUCGUGCAAAGCCCAGGCCAACAGGCCCAACUUGUACCAAACAAGAUCAUUACUUUCAAUAGUAAAAUCAAUGGAAUGACACUUGUACAGCGAGUACACAUAUCCCAACAGAGAGUUCAUUUAGGGCACCGGAGAGAAAUGAUGAAGGAAUGGAACAAGUUUGGCAGAAUUCUGCAACUUUCAAUAAUCCAUUUUUCCCAAUUUAUUAAACAUUUAUUUGAAACCGAUAAAAAGUAGUGUUUUGGGUUUGUUUGUUUUUUGGCCUUUUUCUG